AUGGAGUCACCCGCACCCGCGCCUGCCUCUGGCGACUGCCGGGGCGAUGUCCCCGACGCGGCCACCGCGGCGGCGCCGCCGGCCUCUCCGCCCAUGUCCCCGGCCCCCUCCCCCUCCGCCCCCGCCCCCUUCGAUGCCCCGUCGUCCCAGGUUUGGGCUGACCUUGCGGAGGACGAGGACGUCGCUGCCGGCCGCCCUGUGGUCUGCCGGGAUCGGGUCCCCCCUCCCGCCCCUGCUCGCUCGCCGCAGCUCCCUGCCGCCGGCGGCCUUACCCCCAGGGGUGGGGGUUCGGCUGUGUCCGUGCGCGAGCGCAGCGCCGUCGAGGCUCGAGCUCAGCUCGGCCUUCUUCGGGGCAAGGCACGACCUUGGGGACGGGACGAUCCCGCCGCCGCCGGCGCGCGGCUGGCUGGGGGGUCGCGGGACGCGCGGACCUGGGCCCUGCCCGGUCGUCGUGGCGGCCUUCGGGCGCUGUGGCUGCGGCCGAGGUGGCCGCGCCUCCCCAGGCGAUCGCCAUCAACUUGUCCGUGCCCGCCCGCCGCACCCCGUUCCGGCCGUUCAUCGCCACCUUCGGUUCCUCCCGGCUCCGUUUUGUCUCAGCCCACCGCGCCGUUCGCCCGUGCCCCCCUCCCCGGCGACCUGCCCCCGCCUCCGCGCCGCUCCCCACGCCGGCGGCGGUAG